AUGCCAAGCGGGUACAAACGGACCAUCUCGGAAAUGAAAACGCCAUCCCCGUCACCUUCGGCCGCCACGUCUAUCCUCCUCGUUUCGACCCUUCCUGUAUUUUCUCUUCCCGGUUCAAUUUCUGCGUACAUGUCUUUGGCAUUCGUCCUCCUCGAGCCACUCGACAGUUCAGAUGACCGUCUGUACUCAAGCACACAGUGA